CCAUCUACGGACACUGGACUAGUACCAGAGAGAAAGCCAGCAGCGGACAUUUCGGCCAUUGCGGACGCAGCAUUUGACCAGGAAGACUAUUCUGGUCAUCUUUAGCUGCGUCCUGUCAGACCUGCUAUGGCCGAUAAGUUGAGUUCAAGCACGUCUGCUGAAAGUCGCGGCGCUGCAGAGUCGACUCUGGCAGCACCCCCAAAACGGAUUGCCAAAGGUGUUGUCCUAGACAAGGAUGGAAAGCCGUGUCGACCUUGCACGUCUUUCGCUGCAUGGGCAUCACAGACUUCAUCGUCGCUCAAAGCGACGACAGCCGAGACAGCCUCCGCCGUAUCCGCAACGCCGAGGGAGUGCCCUGCUGAUGUCGAGAUGCUCGGUCGCAGUGCAUGGACCUUAUUGCAUUCCAUCGCAGCCACAUAUCCGACUCUCCCAACGACCACAGAGCAGUCGGACGUCAAGGGUUUUAUGAGGCUAUUCGCAAAACUCUACCCUUGUUGGGUUUGCGCCGAGGAUUUUCAGCAAUAUAUACAAAAACAGGAAAUCCGCGCUGGCAGUAGAGACGAGUUUGGCAACUGGCUAUGCGAGGCACACAACGAAGUCAACAAAAAACUAGGAAAGCCGAGUCUCAAGAAGCCCGUGGCGGUGGCCGAAUAUCUGUUCACGCGGCUGCACCAGAUUGGCAUCCGCUCAGUUCACGGCCUACCGGGAGACUUCAACCUCACGGCACUCGACUACAUCCCGAAAGCCAAGCUCCGAUGGGUGGGCAGUGUCAACGAACUCAACGCCGCAUACGCAGCCGAUGGCUAUGCCCGCUCCAAGGGGAUUUCGGCGCUCGCCACCACCUUUGGUGUGGGUGAGUUGUCGGCAAUGAAUGGCGUCGCCGGCGCUUACUCGGAACACAUCCCCAUGGUGCACAUCGUCGGCUGCCCGUCGACAAUCUCACAGCGGAAUGGGAUGCUGUUGCACCACACUCUUGGCAACGGCGACUUCAACGUGUUCGCGAAUAUGAGCUCGCAGAUUUCGUGCGAUGUUGCUAGGCUAACCAAGCCUGCCGAGAUUGCCGAGCAGAUUGACCAUGCGUUGCGGGAGUGCUGGAUACGUAGCAGACCCGUUUACAUCAUGCUCCCCACCGACAUGGCCGAGAAGCAGGUCGAGGGUCGGCGGCUCGACACUGCCAUUGAUCUGUCGGAGCCCAAGAAUGACGUCGAGCGCGAGGACUACGUUGUUGAAGCCGUCCGAGGCCUAGUGAGCAAGACGAGACUGCCCGUCUUCGUAACUCCGAUGGGUAAAGGCGCCGUGGACGAGAACUCGCCAAGUUACGGCGGUGUCUACGCGGGCUGCGGGUCAAGUCCAGAUGUCAUAGCUCAGGUCGAAGGCUCCGAUCUUGUCCUGUUUGUCGGGUCGCUGAAGAGCGACUUCAACACGACAGGAUUCUCUUACCAUACUUCGCAACUUACUACCAUCGACUUCCACAGCACGCACUGCGCAGUUCGCUAUUCCGAGUACCCGGGGGUUACAAUGCGAGGUGUGCUCCGCAAAAUCACUGAGGGCGUCGACCCGACCCGCCUGUCACCGCCCGACAUGCCAAGGGUGGUGAACGAAGUGGCCAAGAACCGCGACAACUCCCAGACUAUUACCCAGGCCUGGUUCUGGCCCAGGCUGGGCAUGUAUCUCAAGGAGGGCGACAUCGUUGUUACAGAGACCGGCACGGCCAACUUUGGCAUCUGGGAAACAAGGUUCCCUGCCGGGGUGACGGGUAUCAACCAGAUACUUUGGGGCAGCCUUGGUUGGUCGGUGGGCGCGGCACAAGGCGCAGCACUAGGCGCGCGAGACAUGAACCUAAACUGCCGCACUAUCUUGCUUGUCGGUGAUGGUUCAUUCCAGCUCACAGUGCAAGAGGUCAGCACCAUGAUCCGUCAUGGUUUAAAUAUCACGAUGCAACGCUGCAUCCACGAUAUGGAUGCAGAGUACAAUAACAUUGUCCCGUGGAAGUACACAGAAAUCCCCGGCGUGUUCGGAGCCACGGACAAGCAGGUUAAGAAAUAUGUGGUCGAGACCAAGGAUGAAGUUGAUAGGCUUCUCACGAACAAGGACUUCACCAACGGCCUAGGUUUGCAGUUUGUUGAGCUGGAGAUGGCGAGAGACGAUGCUCCUCGUGCCCUGAAACUCGCCGCCGAGAUAGCGGCGAGAAACAACACGAAGGCCGACUGA